UGUUAUCAACUGAGUUGAAAACGUAAAUUGGCAACCUUAAAGAGUUUAAAGGCUGACGUUUCGAGCGCUAGCCCCUGUUCAGCCUUUAAACCCUUUAUGGUGGCCAAUUUACGUUUACAACUCGGUUGAUAAAACUAAAUUACCCUGUUAUACUCUCCCACCAACGCAGCACCACAGUUUCUUAAGAAACUUAUUCCCUUUAUUUCAUUUAGUAAGUCAAGUUGGACCGUUGUUUUAACAAAACAGUGAGGUCGUUAAAUGGUCUAACGGCUUUUUACCUCACAGUUAUCUUUAGAGCCAAACUCGGAUUCUAGCACCUAAUUUUUCUGGAGAGUCAGAUCACUGAGUCUAAGCCGUUAGAGAGCAGGAAAUUUUCCAACUUCAAAUUCGUUUACCAACGCGCCAAAGAAUCCUGUGCGUGUAUCGUUUUCUGUCAAAAAGCCGUCGAGGGUAUGCCAGAAGGCCAAAGAGUUUUUCUUCACCGCCUCAUUUAGGCACUGGCGUUUUCCAUGCUAUGCACUGUUGAAAUUCAAUUUCUUGAGCACUAAACAUCUUGCUGACAGCUGUAAGCAUCAUUACACGAUCUUUAUUACAUUCAUCAUCUGAAGAGGUAUUCUUCAACAAGAAAUUUACCGGUGUUCUAUUUUUCUUGUAAUAAUCACUGAACAGGUGUUAUGACACUCUUGACUGAACAAGUAAACCUUGCAUAUACAGGAAUCCCCACGAACUGUAAGUCAGUCAAAGAAUCGGAGAUGAUGGUCAGCCCAAAUUCUGCUCUGUUAUUUCCAGUGCUAACCUCACUUUGUAGUUUUUUCCUUGAUGUGGCUUAUUCAACAGUUGAUACGUCUAAAUCAGAGACUUACAUUAUCAAGGACUGUAACAGUAUCCAGUAUCGGUUGAUGGUAGACUUAGGCGAACCUCCAUUUCCUGAUACAGCUUGCGAAAUAAAACAGAAAACGAUAACAUGUUUUGAAAAAAGCGAAGGCUCAGGAGACCUGUUAGAUCAGGAUCGAUUUCUUCUCCUCAAGUCUGCAACAGUGGAUAAAGUACUGAUGUGUCCUGACCUUGACUAUCAAAAGCUACAGGACUCUAUUCAGAACUCCGCUGCUGCACAGAAGCUGUCUAAGGAGUAUCCUACAGAAAUACAACAGCUUCCUGAAAAAUGUGCUUUUGAUAUUCACAAGAACUGCGAGAAGAAAAUAUUUGAUCAAGUGGUAGUGAACCAUCUUUCAUGGCCUGAGACGACAAAGUGGAGGCAAUGUUACCUUAAGGCUUUGCUACAGACGCCGUGUUCAGCACUAAUUCUGCAAAACUACGCCGCCUUGCAAGAAAAGUUUGGAGAAAGUUUUAGAAAAAAAGAGUUUGAUUUAGGACUCUAUGGAAUAUUUAUGAAUGAUCAUCACUUACAAAGUAACGGAACAGUAGAAAUAUUAUAGAUACAUAUUUCGUGCUUCAUGAACUGUACGAGGUAAAGCAAACAAAGCGGUUUAAAAAACAUUAGACUCCACGAAAAAAAUGAGUGUUGACAUUUUGCAAUUUCGAUACAUUUCAAACUUGCUAGCUUAAGGGUGUAAUUUUGUUAUAACACCAGAUUCUCGUAUGACUUACCAAGGUAUGUGUAACAGCUAAAAGAGAGAAUUACUUAUCUGAUCUGCGAGGACAUGAGAUUGUGAAAGCGAGAACUGAACAUUUCUACGUGUUCCGUCACAAAACUCCCCACAUUAUCAAGCCAAAACAAAAUAAAAUAUUUCCAUGUUUAAAUUUUAAAAGUUUCUGGACAACAGGUAUUUAAACGUUGUUAGACGAUAUUACACAGCUACGGACAAAGGAGGAACUCCUUAAUGAAACUUGUCCGCAAGGAAAAAACAAAUUCAAACAAUCCUAGUUUUUGUUUCAAAUACGAGAAUUAACCGAGCUAAAGAUCGAGAUUCACAAAAAUUGUUCCCAUCACAAACUCCUACAUUACUACAAUAAUGGGUAAAAAGGAAACUUUUACAAUUCCAUUGAAAAUAAAAAUAUGUCCACUUUGUUAUGAUUGA